AUGGGUAUUGUAGAGGAUGUGCUGGUCCAGGUGGACAAAUUUUACUACCCAAUGGAUUUUGUAGUUCUUGAUAUGCAGCAGCCAGCCUCUACUAUUUACCAAGCUCCCGUCAUCCUUGGAAGACCAUUUCUAGCUACAUCAAAUGCUUUGAUUAAUUGUAGAAGUGGAGUUCUGAAGCUUACUUUUGGGAACAUGGCACUUGAGUUGAACGUUUUCAAUGCUUGCAAGAUGCCAGCACAUUUUGAUGACACAAAUUCUUCUUUACCACUUGAAGUACAAUUUGCAGGCGCAAGAUGGAAACCCCAGUUUGAAACUCUACCACCACCAGACAUACUUAAAUCUUCAGAGGAAGAAGUUCCCCAAUUGGAACUAAAACCACUUCCUCAAGAUUUAAAGUAUGUGUUUCUUGGUCCUGAAGAAGGUAUUUUUCCUGUGGUAAUUUCCUCAAAGUUAAAUCAGAACGAUGAAGCCCAGUUGAUUGAAGUCUUAAAAAACAUCGAGGCACAAUUGGUUGGACAAUAG